AUGCUCAUCUGUACACACGUGGAUCCAGAAUCAGAGUGGUUAGGUGGGAGGAAGGAUGCAUUCGACGAUGAAGAAAGUGAAGAAAGCAGAGUAACACAUAUAGGAAACCGGAAGCCAUGUUGUUGCUUAAGUUUGGAUGUGAACUUCUCACGGAAUUUCAAAAAACCCUCCGUUCAGUACACAAGAAAGCUUCUCAGAGCCAUUGCAGCUCGAUUCCAGAGAGAUCUGCACAGGUGGCUGCAGAAUGUACGCGCGGGAAACUUGAAUGAUGACAUGGAGGAUACACCUAGCACAAGCGACCAAUCAGAUUCCGAGUUUACAAUCGUCCAGUCAGCAAAUGAGAGUUUGUAG